AAAAAAAAAGUUGGGAGGACUGAGGGACUCAGCGUCCAGCGGUCGCAGGUGUUUGUGUGUGUGCGCGCGUGUGUGUGUCCGCCACAAGCAAUCGUCCGAGCGAACGACGAAGAAGCAAGGGCGAGGCAUGCACGACGAACCUGUGAGCAGGGCCAGUGGCCACGGAAGGCGGGCGGUUGAGGACGACGAUAGCGGAAGCGACGUGGAGCUGGAGCUGGAGACGUCUGCGGCACACGAGGCGUGGGCGACAGAUAGACUGACCCCUGUUGUGGCAAGGCUAUGUCACGAGGCUGAGAUCUUAGCACACGACAAUGUCACCAUCCGUUCAACCCCCAUGUCACUGCUCCGACUCGUAGGCUGUGUCCAAGAUAUCGUCAGCGUGGCCAUGUUUACUAUGAUGGAUGUGGCGGACCACACAGGCGUCAUCUCUUGUCGAUCGUGGAGGCCGUUGCCAUCCCUCCAAGGUGCAUAUGUGUGUAUCGUUGGGCGCAUCGUGGGCAACGCAGAUACGCGGAUAUUCGACCUCCAGCACGUGGCUCCCGUCACGGAUUUUAAUCAGAUUACAUACCACCUGCUAUCAACUGUCUUCGUGUGGAAGGCCCUGAGCAAGGGGAGCAAGCUUCGCUACUCGCUGCUUGGAUCGCGACGGAAUGACAUGCGUGCAGACGCGCCAUUGUCGCACUGCCCAUCAACGAUUACAGCGUCGUUGACAGCACCGCCAGCGGGUGCAGAGGGUGGUGGCGGCGACAAGGCACAUGAGUGUGAUUUCACUUUGCAUCGGGGCUUGUUGGAUGGCUCGAGUGGACAUGGGGUAGCUGAUCGUGAUGACGGCGGUGAUGAUUGGGAUGGUGGUGGUAACGGCGAGGAGGACGCACGGAGACACGAUGUGGCAGAGCAUCGAGGCCAAGGCCCUCCACACGAGCACCAACGCCUACAGCAGCAGCAGCAGCAGCAGCAGCAGCAGCAGCAGCAGCCGGAACCACGACAUCGCCCACUCCCGUUUCUCCAUCGCACAGUUGUCGGUGUUCUCACUGGGAGCGGUUCGCCCAUGACAACGGCCCAAGUGAUGCAUCAGCUCACCGGCACCGCCCUCCAGGAAGAGGUUAUUGCUGCGUUGACGUUUCUGCUGGAGGCUGGCAUCAUCUAUCAAACAGAGGCCGACACAUUCGCAGCAUCGUGACACGUGCGAACAAACUGGCAAGCAAGACAGACCGAAGAAAAGGAAUGAGCGGCAACGAGCAAGAACAGGGUCGAUCGAAAUAAACGCGCGCGCUCAGACACGA